AUGGAAAACAGUAAGCUUUGAGGAUCCAUUUAGGCUUACUAAUAGCCUGAAUAUUGAUAUUUUCAGAGAAAUUCUCAUAAUUUACCCUUGUUUAGAAGAGAAUGUUAAGAAGAAGCCUGAUUCCAAGCAAGGCAAGAAAGCGGCUGCUAAAAAGAAGGUAAAUGUGAAUUCAAAGGCAAAAAAACCACUUAAAACCAAGAAGAAAGGGGCGAAAGGGCAAAAAUCAGAGAAAUCUCCAGCUAAGAAGGAAGAGUUCCCCAUCAUGAAUGAAGAGGAAUACGGUGAAUUCCUAGAUGACAAGAUCAGCGAUUUUGAAAAAUAAGUUAAGAGAAAUUGAACGCAAACGCAACCAGACUGUUGAAGUCACUGAGAGGUUAGUCAGACAGAUCCUAGGCAAAUACGGGUACAUCGAAACAGUCAGAGAGAUCAAGUCUCAGCCUAAGGAAGCUGAAGAGGGUGAAGGCAAAGAUGAGUCUGAAGAAGAUGAGGAGGAGGAAACCAAGAAAGAGAUUGUUAAAACAGAAAUGCCACUGGAGAAGCUGUACCAAACUGAAGCACUGCACUUGGAAUUCCAGAAUCUUACCUGAAUAGAUCUCUUGGCUCAGUUUAAGUGCUUGAAAUCUCUGUAUCUUCAUCAUAACAAGCUAGUUGAUAUCGAGCCACUGUGUGAGUUGACGAAUUUAGAAUUCUUAGCGCUACAUCACAACUGAAUUACAAGUAUCCCAUCCUUGAAAAGUAUGCAGAAGUUGUAUUACCUCAACCUGUCAUACAAUAAGAUCGCUAUGUUUCCUUUUGACAACCUGCCAGAGUCUUUGAUCAUCCUAAAACUAUGGAAGAACCCUUGUGUUGAGAAAUGUGAGGUUGAAGAUUACCGUAAAAUCGCCUUGCUCGCUCUCACCAAGCUGGAAGACCUGGAUGAUGUCCCUGUUAAUGUAGCUGAGAGGAUGCACUACCAAGGUGUUGUGAAGAUAGAUGUAUCCAAAUACCUCUCUAAACUUAAAGAGAAGAAGCAGGAAGAAGAGCUCAAGUCCAAGCUUGAAGACGAACUCAUGCAGGAAUACCUCGAAGAGAGUGGUCUUGAUAGAAAGGAACAGAAGGAAAAGAACUGGGAUGCAUUCCAGAGCCUCAGCGAGUUCAAAGAGCUUAAUGAUGGAUUUUUAAAAAUCAAGAAAAGAAUCGAUCGUAAUAGGGAUAUGGUCAGGAUUGUCACUUUCAGAAGGAAGGAAUUGCUUUACGACCAUUACCAGAAAUUAGAACAGAACUAUGACCAGCAGAAUGAGGUUGUAAAGACCGAAGAGGAUAAAAUGCUGAUGAAGAACAGAGACCAGCUCAGGCUCAAAAUGGCUAAGCUUAAGGAAGAAAUUGAUAGAGAAAAAGCAGAAAUAGAGGAUCUAGACGAUCUUGAGGAAGAAGAGAGCGAGGACGAAGAGGAAAAAGAUCCUAAAUUGGAUGAUUUCGAGAUCCUGAAGAUGAAAGUUCGAGCCAAGAUGCCAAAGAAGUUGGCAGCAAAAGGCAUACUGUCUAAUUUAACACCCAUUGAGGAAGACAGCAUGGACGAAAUGUCUUUCUCUGAGAUUAAAAUCAAUAAGGACAAGUUUGAUGAGCUUACUAAUGAAGAGAAGAGGGCAAAGAUAGCAGAGCUAAUGAGAAAUCCUACUUUAGAAGAAGCCCUUGCUAAGGGUAUGCAAGAGGAGGAAGUCACUGAAGAAGGAAAGACCCAGAAUGAGGAAAUUCAGAAGAAAUUAGAUAAUAUCUUACAAAUGACCGUUCCAGAGCCAUCUGAAGAAGGUGCCUCGAGUACAACUGAAGACCAGACCACAGGAGCCAAAGAGGAUGAUUCUGAACAAUAAC